AUAUUCCUAGACAAGGCUUCAUUUGUGUCACAACUCAGAAAGGAAAGCUUUGAGGUUUCUUCCGCAUUUUAGAGUGGUGAGAGGAUGGUGGGUGUUAUUUCGUUGGUAACAGGGAUGGCUGGUCCUAGUGGGUUUGGAUCAGCUUCCACUGCAGAACAGGUUACUGAUGGAAUUGAUGCCAGCAACCUCACUGCAAUUAUCACAGGAGGAGCAAGUGGUAUAGGCUUGGAGACAGCAAGAGUGUUGGCUCUUCGAAAGGUCCAUGUGAUCAUUGCAGUUCGGAACAUGGUGUCUGCAAAGGAGGCUAAACAACAAAUACUAGAGGAGAAUGAGUCUGCACGAGUGGACGUAAUGAAGCUCGACCUUUGCUCAGUGAAUUCUAUUACAUCAUUUGUGGACAACUUCAUAGCUCUUGAUCUUCCUCUCAACAUUUUAAUAAACAAUGCUGGAGUAAUGUUCUGCCCAUUCAAGCUCUCAGAGGAUGGCAUUGAGAUGCAAUUUGCAACAAACCAUCUUGGUCAUUUCCACUUGACAAACCUGCUUCUUGACAAAAUGCAACAAACUGCAAAAGCCACUGGAAUAGAGGGCAGGAUCAUAAAUCUGUCAUCAAUUGCCCAUAACUACACUUAUAGAAAGGGGAUUAGAUUUAAUAAGAUCAAUGAACGAAAAGGUUAUGGUAACAAGAAGGCGUAUGGGCAGUCCAAGUUAGCAAACAUAUUACAUACAAAUGAGCUUUCUCGUCGCCUGCAGGAAGAGGGUGUGAAUAUCACAGCCAACUCGGUCCAUCCAGGAGUGAUAAUGACUCCUCUUAUGAGACACUCAUCUUACCUUAUGCAUUUCUUAAAGGUCUUCACCUUUUACAUAUGGAAGAACGUCCCCCAGGGAGCAGCCACGACAUGCUAUGUUGCUCUCCACCCAAGCGUGAAAGGUGUAACUGGGAAGUACUUUGUGGAUUGCAAUCAAUGCAAACCAAGUUCACACGCCAAAAACAAACAGCUUGCAAAGAAACUCUGGGAUUUCAGUAACGAUUUGAUCAAAUCAAUUUCGAAAGCUUGAGUGCACUUGCAGCUAGGUGGUUUUCUCCUUAGGGAAAUUAAAAGCCUUCGUUGUGGUCACCAGUUUAUGAAAACUAGCUCGUUAUGCAAUAAAAAGCACGUUACAGUUAUAGUUAUAAUUUGUCGUUGUCUGAGGAUGUUUCCAAACAUUUUAUUCCCCACUGAACCACCAGGAGGUGUUUCAUUUCUUUUCAUCCAAACAUUUCUGUAUCAAACGUUUCGUUUCAUCCAUAAGUUAGUUGUGUAGUUACAAUCAAAUAAAAUUGUUUGCAAUUUACUGGCUUAUGUUUAUACCA